GUUGAAUCUGAACCCGGACAAGGAAUGAGUAUAUCGGAUGCGGUGAACCGCGGUCAGGUCGAUUUACAAAGGGGUCUAUACAGAUUGCCCAACGGAACUUACAUUACUAUUGCUGAAGCCUAUCAGCGGGGCUACCUCAUAUACAAUGAGAUUAUCAAAAUAAAAUCGAGCGCUUUAUCUCUAUCUGACGCAAUUAGCCACGAUCUUGUAGACAAUAACGGUUGGAUUUUGGAUAGGAACUCGGGUGAUAGAUUCCAAUUAGAUGUAGCUAUUAAAAAUGAACUGAUCAAUCCAAAUAUUAGGGAAGUUGUCGACCCUAAAAAUGACACAAAAAUAACGCUUGCUGAAGCGAUAGAAAAAAAUAUAAUAAAUACAAAACAUUCGAAGUACAUUCAUAACAUGACUAAGGAAAAAAUGUCUUUCAAAGAGGCUGCUAAUAAACGAUUUAUUUGCAAGCCGAUGACGUUGAAAGAUGUUUGUGAUAAAAAUUUAAUGACAAAUGAUGGUAGGAUAAUAUCUUCUUCAAAUAGGUCACACCUCACAAUUUUGGAAGCCAUUUCUACCGGCGUCCUUGAUAGUGAUACUAUUAAAUGUGUUACUGAUACGCAAUCUGCCCAACUUCUUACACUGUCAGAAGCACUAGCGACUAAAAUAAUUUUACCUGAUAAUAAGUUCCGUGACAAUUUAACCGGUGAAAUCUGUACCAUACCUGAAGCAGUAGAUCGCGGUCUUAUAACAUCAGUAUCGCAAAAAUCUAUAUUCGAUAUAGACGGUUUUAGAGAUCCUAAAACUGGAGAGUUUGUUUCGUUUAAUGUAGCGCAUAGUAAAGGUAAUCUUAAAUACGCUAAUGGUGAAACGUUUUUAAAAUCGGAAAGCGGUGAUUUUGUAUUCUUAGAAGAUUGUACAAAAGUAUCCACUAUAAGACCAGAAGUAUUAGAAAUGUUUAGUAGAAAGAUAGGUGUAUUCGAAAAUGAAAAGGAGUUAUCUGUACUUGAUGCCGUUUUUAAAGGCAUUCUCGAUCCGAAAUCGGGUUACUUACUCGAUGUGAACACUAAAAAACCCAUUCCGUUUAAUAAAGCAGUAGAAAUCAAUAUGAUUACACCAGAGGGUGCCGCUUUGUUAAAUUCACUUUUAAACAUUACUCUUACAAUUCAAACUGUCACAAAGACUGUUAAAAGGUAUGUCACCGUAACGAAUACUAGUGAAAAACACAGUUCCGAAACAGUUAUUACAUUCUCUGAAGCAGUAAGACGGGGUCUUAUAGAUGAAAACACGCAAACGUUUACUGAUCCCACUACUGGCACUGUUUUCCCAAUUCAACAAGCUUUAGAUGAAGGUCUGUUAGGUGUUGAUCAAAAUGAUCCUCGUGUCGCUCGAAUUUCUGAUCGCGUAACGAGAAAAGAUCUAAUUCCUGGUCAAGUAGUUGAAUUAAAAAUAACUAAAAAAUCAUUCAUAAAAGAAUUACCACCUAGUCCUGAAAGUAAACUUCAGGAAGACCACCGACCAGAAACCAUUAAAAGUCCCGAUUAUGUUAGGGAAACUAAGCAGCCGCGUGAAGCUGUCUCACGAGAAGUAAGAACUGUUACUUCAACCUCAGUCGCUAGUGAACCUUCCGUUACGUCAUUGACUAUAGAGAAAAAUACAAUAGAACUACCUCGCGGAGGUUGGUCUCUUAAAGACGCCAUUCAACAAAAUUUGUUCGAUCCAGUUAAUGGCAUAUUUAUUAUUCCCGGUACUGACAGAGUUCUUGAUUUACAAGAAGCUUUAAAAUUAAAUUUAAUAAACUCUGAUUCUGCUUAUGUUAUUGAUCCUAAAACUAAGAAAGAGCUUCCUCUGCAUGCAGCUUUAGAACUUCACAUUUUAGAUAGUAGGGGUCAAUAUAAACAUCCUAGCGGCCCGUUGACAAUGAAAGAUGCCAUUGAUAGACAAUACAUAAUUUUCGUUCAACUUACCACAAUAUCUAAAUCUACACAAAAAGUUAUAACAAUAACGUCUAUGGCAGGUAUGCCUGAUAAAAUGGAAAUAUCGGAAGUUCAUGAUAACGCCGGAGGUAUUCUAAUUUCUGAAGACCAAACAGCUUUAGAACCAGUUCAAGUAGAACCUGGUGUAAUAUAUGAUCCUUCCACAGCACUAGUUAUAUCUACGACUUCAGGUACUUCUGGAAAUAUAAUUGAAGCUGUAAAUCAGGGUAUUGUACCGAAAAAGUCAGUUAAAGUAACAGAUCCACAAACAAAGAAGCUCAUUUCAUUAAAUGAAGCAGUAAAUAAAGGCAUUAUUGAUAAAAAUACUGGUGAAUACAGAAAUAAAUCAGGACAAAAAAUUAGUUUAGCAGAUGCCACAAAGAUAGGUUUGAUAGCUGUCUUGGGCGCACCACUUGUUGCAGCGUCAAAAGUUAUUCAAGUUGUGAAGAAUACUAUGGUAGUAGACCCGAAUACGGGUGAGGAAUUACCGUUGGAAGUAGCUUAUGAGCGUGGUUUAGUUGAUCCGGCAACUUACAAAAAAUAUGAAGAAUCUUUACGAGCGAGAACUCCGAACGAUGAUGAUAACAUGACAAUGGACCACUCUACAACUGAAUCCAAUAUCACGAUCAGAAGAGUAAUUACAUCAACUGUAAUUGAUCCUAACACGGGAGAAUCUAUUUCAAUUGAUGAAGCUCAUGAAAAAGGUAUUAUUGACUCAACCACAUAUAAAAAAUAUAAGGCAGCAAUUAAAGAUACAUCGCCAUCAGACGUAACCAAUGUUGAUAUAACAACUAAAGGAAUAUCAAAGCCCUUGUCAGUGGGAGCAGCAGUAUCAGAAGGAUUUAUAACUGUAGAGUCUAUACAAAAUAGUUUAACGAUGGAUAGAAAUAACGUUGCAAAAACAUUAGGUCAAGAUAGACUUAUUAAACAAGAAGUUGUAGAGAUAUCUAAAGUACAGCAAAAUGAUAAACCAAAAUACAUUAAUAAUGUUUCAUCAUCUUCAACUGGAAAAAUGACCGGUGAAUUAAAACCUAAAGUAUUACAAAAACUAAGAAGACACGUAAUUUUGCCCUCGGAGGCAAAAGAUAAAAAAAUAAUUGAUGAAAAAACUGAAAAAUUGUUGGACGGAAUUAAAAUGCUCAAAGAGCAAAAUGGAGAUCCUAUUACACUUGGAAAAGCAAUCGAAGUAGGUUUGAUUGAUGCGAAACAGGGAAAAAUAAGAGAUCCUGUGCGUGGAGAUGUGAUUAAUAUCAAGGAAGCUAUUAAAAGAGGUCUGCUGGAUGAAGAGGGUCAAAAUGAAAUAUUACUUCCGUUGGCUAGAAGCUUAACAAUCCCAGAAGUAUUAGAACAAGGUUUGCUUGACCCAAGCACCGGUAAAAUUAUUCACCCUGAAACUGGAGCUCAUUUGAGCAUAAGAGAAGCUAUUAUUUGUGAUAUUAUUGAUCCCUUGUCGUGUAUCUCAAUCGGUCCAAAUAAUUCGAUAACAAUCUGUGAAGCUAUUGACAGAAAUAUUAUUGAUCACGAAAGAAACGCUGUCAAAACAAGCGAAGGCCCUAUAGAUUUAUUAUCUGCAGUAAACAUGCAAGUUUUCCCCGAAUCAAAGAUUAUUUCGGACAUUCCUCCAGCUGCUAUGACCCUUCCAGUUGCAAUAAAACAAAAUGUGUUAGAUCAAAAAACAGGAAUAUUCAAGCAUCCACUUAAAAAUGAAAGUAUACCGGUAAGCAAAGCGGUCGAUAGAAAUUUGAUUAUGGCUAUUCCAUAUCCUCAUGAUUCAUCGGCAACUAAAAUUGACGAUGCAAUAAAAGAUGGCUUAAUAGAUUUUAAUAAUAGCACCUUUACUGAUCCAAAAACAAAGGAGCGUAUGCCUAUUGAUAAAGCUUUGGAACAAGGAUUACUCGUCGUGAAACCAAACACAGACGUUAGUGAUGUAAUAACGACAAUUACAGAAACUUUUUCAUCGGAACACACCGUAACAACAAAAAUGGUAGAACUUUUAGCAGAUUAUGUUUUAGUUAGUGCAAAUGAAGUACAAAAUAUCAAAACCGGUGAAAUUAUCACUAUGGAUGAAGCUCGUCGUAGAGGAAUCGUUCGCGAUGAACAAACUAAUAAAGAACAUUUUAUUACCAGUGACACGACUUUUAACUUUGGUGAAGCUGUUGAUCUAGGCUACAUCAAUAUUGAAAAAGGUACCUUUACACAUCCUAAUACUGGUGAAAUUUAUUCAAUAACAGAAGCAGUGAAUAGUGGAUUAUUAAAUACUGAUGUUCCACAAGAAGCAGAUAAGAAAACACCAAAAAAAGAGAUGGAAAUGUUAGAUUUGAAUGAAGCGUUUGAUCUACUUUUUGACGAAAAGUCACAGAAAUUCAGAGAUCCAACAUCGCCAAAUAACGUAUUAACAUUAAAAGAGGCAUUAGAAAAGAAAAUCGUUAAUCCUGAUUCUGUAAUUUACGAUAUUAACGCCGGUAGACCAGUUACUGUACAAGAAGCUGUAUAUACAGGAUUAAUUGAUUGUAAAACUGGUAAACUUAGGGAACCUGAAACAGGUAAAUCCGUUGAUAUUAAAAAGGCAGCUAAAAUGGGCUUAAUUGCUAUUGUAGGUGCACCAGUAUUAGCAGGCAUGGCAGUCGUAGAAGGUGCAAAAGCUAUUUCUAAUAAGAUAAUGAAACCUAAGCAAAAUGAGAUCACUGUUCCAGAUGUUUCAACAACCAAGAAAGAACACGACAUUAAGCCCAAACCUUCUAUUUCUAAUCUAAAAGAGAUAGAAACUAUUAAGAAAUCAAAUGAUGACGAAACAAGCGCAGUUAAGAAAAGAGGUGAUAAAGAAUUAACACCGCAAAUUGAAGCUAAGUCUGACUCGCAAAAUAAGCGUUUACCCGCACAUGAACCGUUGGAUGAAACAGAUAGGAUGACUACUUCAUCUGAAAAUAAAAAUAUAUUACACAAAGAUAGUAAAACAGAACCUAAACAAAUCAAGCAAUUAGAAAACGAAACUUCGAAAUUCAUUAUGAAAGAACAAGAAAGCGCUUUAGGUCAGUUAUCCAGUCCCGUUCCGAAAGCAGACGAAAAACACCAUUUAAAUGACGACAAAAAGCAAAAUAAAAUUGCCACAGUACCAACAAAUCAAUCAGAAAAAACUCCGGUAUUGGAAACGGAGGAAACAUCGAGUCAAAAAGUAACAACACCAAUAAAUAAGCGUGUAACAUCAGAAAACGUCAUUGAACAACAACAUUCUAUUACCACAAUUGUAUCCGGUGGGAUCAUAGGGACUGAAACAGAAACAAUACCAUCCGACAAAGAUAAACAGCUUGGUGCUCAGCCUAGUGAAAAGCAAAACAUUACAGAUAAAUUAGUUGAAUCUGAUUCAUUCCAAAAAGCGACUCCAGGAGAGACGGCUAAAUCUUCUCCAGGAGAAAAACCCAUCGAUUCACAAGGCGAUGGCACUAAAAAGGAAACCAUUGCAAAAGAAACAGGACCUCAUGGGGAGACUAUUAUUGAGAAAACAGUAAAUAGCAAAGAAUUAAUAAAUCAAAAUAAACUUCCAAUUACAACGCAAGAUAGUGUUAAAGAAGUGGAAGUAGCGCCUGGUGUUAUUUUUGAUGCAACGGAAAAUAAAAUUGUUAUCGUUGAGUCCGGUAAAGUGAUCGAUGUACUAUCAGCAAUUAAUGAGGGCAUAAUUUCAUCGGAGAAAAUUACAAUUAUAGAUCCUACAAAUCAAAAACAAAUAAGUUUAGACGACGCAGUAAGAAAAGGUGUACUGAAUAAAGAUACUGGAGAAAUAAAAGACAAAAGUGGAAACAGCAUGACAUUUGCUGAUGCUGCUAAACUUGGUUUGGUUGCUAUAGUUGGUGCUCCCAUUCUAGCAGCAUCGAAAGCAAUAAGUAUUGUUAAAGAUGCAAUCAACGAUGACAAGAAACAAACACAAAGCUCGUCGGUCGUUAAACAACCUCAAAAUAAAUUAGCUUCUCUACCAACUAUUGACAUUUCAAAAUCACCAAUAUCUGAAACUGAUGAAAGUGAUUUACUUAAAGUUCAAAAACCAAAGAUGGAGUUAAAUGGCCAGCAAGCAAGCGAUGCCAAAGCUGUAUCAGCUAUGCUUAUAGAGGCGGAAAAACAACCAUUACGAGUAAUAGAAGAAAUAACAGAAAACAAUGUUACGAAAGAAAAGCAGGAACCGGUUCAAAUUAUUUUCGAGAAUAUACCAUUAAUUGACGCUAUUGCACAAGGUAAAAUAGAACCGAAAAUUUGUAGAAUUAUAUUAAAUGGUACUGAGUUACCGCUGACUGUUCAAGAUUCUUUAGACCAAGAGCAAAUUAGUAGAUUCACUCCCGUUGAUGUUGUUUCUAAAAAUUGUGUUAUCGUUCGUAUGUCUAAACCAAAAACACGACUAUGUAUUUCAACAAAGCUUACUCCCGAAGAACUUUCAGAAAUGGGUAUAUAUGAUAUCGAAAAGCAAAUAUUUUUGAAUCCCGAGACAGGAUCCAAAAUUACAUUUGAAGAACUAGUAUAUGGCUUGAAAGUGUUUGAUCCCAAAGCAAUUUUAGUAAAGGACCUGAGUUCUAAAUCAGACGCAUUCAUUCCGUUUGAUGAAGCUAUUUCGAGGCCCAUUAUUGAUAAAUUAACUGGCCAUAUGGUUAAUCCAAAAACAGGAAAACGUGUCUCAUUUUUGGAAUGUGUACAAAUCGGUUGGAUAGUGGAAAAACCCGAAGAUGUUACUAUCACAGAACAAUUCACAAUUGAAUCUGCUUUAGAACAAGGCCUCUAUAAUGCCAAAACCGGGGAAAUUCAAGAUGCAAAUAGUGGUGAAUUGAUUCCUAUUUCAGAAGCUAUUCAGAAAGGUAUUAUUGAUCAAGACACAUUGCACAUACUAGUUCCAGGAACUAAUGAAACUCUAACUUUAUCAGAUGCUUUAGAACGUGGAAUAAUAGAAAUAAACAAUGGAGUCAUUAUCAUAAUUGAAACGCAAGAAAUAAUUGAAAUCACAGUUGCCAUUCAACAAGGUAUUCUUACCUUUACACGAAGACCUAUUUCCAUAAAAGCUGCAAUUGAAAAAGAUAUGUAUGAACCAUCAACAGGAAAAAUUAAAGAUACUACUACCCAACAAUUAGUGACAGUUGGUGAUGCAGUCAAUAAGAAUAUUAUUCAUCCUACUAUUUCUGAAAUCAAGGAUACGUCGCUAGAAAAAUAUAUUCCACUAUCAGAAGCGCUUGAAACUAAAUUAUUGAAUCCUGAAACAGGUAAAAUUACAGACAAAAAGACUGGUAAAGACAUUCCAUUAGACGAAGCACUGAAAAAGGGCCUCGUGGCAACAAAAUCUAUAACAUAUUCUUUGUUUGAUAUAAUCGAAUUAGGUUACUAUUCUCCGGACACGUGUAAAGUUCUUGACCCUAGAACCGGUGAAAUUAUAACAUUAAAUAAAGCAAUCGAAAAUAAGCUUGUAGAUCCGUCUAACGUUAGAAUAAAAGACGACAAUAUUGAUGCAGUUAUUAGUUUUGAUGAAGCAGUCAAGUCAGGUCUUGUAGAUUUAGAACAAGGCGUUAUCACUUCGCCUCACUUAAAUUUCAAAGAUGCUUCUGAAAAAGGGUACUUGUUUAAAGACCAAAAGCCCUGGACAUUACAGGAAGGGUUAGUACAAGGUUUUUAUGACCCAGAAACAGGUCUCCUAACAAUUAAUAAUGCAACAAUGACUCUUGAGGAUGCAAUUAAAAUUGGUAAUAUAAAUCCUGAGGCGCUUACUGUUAGGAACUCUGUAACUGGGGAAAUAAUAACUCUCAGUGAUGCAAUCAAGGUAGGAAUAAUAGAUUCUAAAGAAGGUAAAGUAAUGGAUCCGGUUCAAGGUGAUAAGAUAUCUUUAACAGACGCAUCGGAACGUGGUCUGAUUGUUCCAGCAAAACGCAAACUUAGUUUACCUGAAGCCGUAUUUAAAGGUUUCUAUGAUCCUAAAACUGGCAAGUUUUCACACCCACAAAGCAAAGAUAAGAUUCAAACUGAUAGAGCUAUAAGAAAGAGAAUGAUAGAUCCUCAGUCAACUUUAGUACACGUAGGUGGGAAAGUUAUACCGUUUGAAUUCGCCGUGGAUAAAGGUAUUGUAGAUGGUAGAACAGGUACUAUUCUGUUAGGUGAAGAAAGAGUAGAUUUUAGAGAAGCAUUUGAGAGAGGUAUUUUAGUUGAGGUGCGACGACCAUUAUCACUUAUUGAGGCGCUCGAGAAAGGUGUUUACAAUGAAAUCACAGGUCUCUUUAUGGACCCACAAACUGGUAAGAAAUACACCCUUUCGGAAGCUAUUAAAAUGAAUCUCAUUGACCCGCAAUCUGUUCAUAUACAAGAUAAUAGACUUGGUAAGUGGGAUAAAAUCAGUAUUGCUGAAUCUAUUGAAACUGGGGUUAUAGAUGAUAAUACAGGUAAAAUUAAAAAUAUUAAUAACGAUAACGAGGAAAUUAGCUUGCGUAAAGCGUUCGAAAUAGGUUUAUUAGUCGACGGAAAAGCUCCUAUAAGUUUACAAAGAGCACUACACCAGGGUAUUUAUGAUGAUAACACCGGUAAAAUUAUUGAUCCCAUUACAAAUCGCAAAAUUACACUGCACGAAUCUAUCAGGCGAUCUAUAAUAAGUCCUAAAUAUCUUUGCUACUUCGAUAAAAAAUCUGAGAAACCUUUAACUUUAGCGGAGUGCUGCCGUAGUGACAUAAUUGAUCGUAGAAGUGGUAAGUUUAAAGAACCAAGUUCUGACAUUCAAAUACCUUUGUCUGAAGCAAUGAGCUUAGGUCUUAUUGUUGACAUAGAAAGCGGAGGGUUCUCUCUUUAUGAUGCGUUAGCUAUGAAUAUGUAUGAUAUAACGGAAAUGGUAUUUAUACAUCCCGUAUCUGAGAGAAAAAUACCGCUUGUAGGUGCAAUUAACGAAGAGUUAAUUAACCCUGAAACAUCUCUUAUUAAACAUAUUCCCACUAGCAAAUAUAUUAAAUUACCCGAAGCAAUACAAACGGGUAUCAUCGAUGAAAAUCACAGUGUUUAUAUUUUGCCUAAUGGUAGUCAAAUAAAUCUAUUAGAUGCUAAACAUCGGGGCUUAAUUGUUACUUCAAAGAGGGAUCUUAGUUUAGAGGAAAUAAUUAAGAAUGGUCUCUUUAGGGCUGACAAUGGAAAAAUAGUAGAUCCUAGCAAUAAUGAAUUUGUUGAUAUCAAAAAAGCCAUUGACAUCAGGCUUCUUAAUCCUGAAUUAACUGUUGUAAAAGACAGUUCUACCGGCAAAUUCAAACCAUUACCAGUAGCUAUUCAGCAUGGCGAUGUUGAUAUUAAUAAAGCAAGAGUACUUGAUACUAAAGCAAAGAAAACUUACAGUCUUGAUAUUGCAUUUGAUAAAGGUCUCCUUGUUACUGUUGUACAACCGCUCACAGGUCAAACUGUUUCAAAACGAUACGUUCCAGACACUUCUUCUUCUAAGGAGCCGUUACUACGUGAAUUUACUUUAGACGAAGCAAUAAAAUAUGAAUUUAUAGACCCAGAAACGGCGUUAAUAAAAGACCCACACAAAAAUAAAUACAUUCCGCUUAAAUUAGGUAUCGCUGAAGGCAUAAUCGAUAAAAAUGUUAAAGGUAUGUUUGAUACACAAAGGUCAAAAACACUUUGUUUUACUUUUGAAAAUAGUUUGAUAGUUUACGUUAGACAACCACUAACGUUUGAGCAAGCGAUAGAGGAAGGUCAUCUUAAUAUCAGUAACGCUCGGUUCACUGACCCAGAAUCCAACGAAGUACUAACGAUUAAAGAUGCCGCGAUUAUGGGAUAUAUAGAUCCAGAUACUGCGCUCAUAAAAGAUAAUCUCAAAAAGAGGUUAGUUAAGCUUCCCGAAGCGUUCCGUAAAGGGCUAAUGGAUGCUGAGAAAGGCAAUAUCCUAGACACAGAAACAUCAAAACUAAAUACGUUAGGCGCGGCUAUCGAAUCAGGUCUCCUUAUGACGCCUAAGAAGAGCUUCAGUCUCAUUGAAACAAUCAAUUUUGGAAUUUAUAAUCCAACAACUGGAGCUCUUAAUGAUCCGUUUAUCACAACAAGCGUUAUUGAUCGAAAGAGAUUGACACUAGGCGAAGCAAUUCAACAGGGAAUUGUUGAUCCAUCUAGUACAGUUGUGAAAGAACCAGAGACAGGAAAAAUAUUGCCAUUGGUACAAGCGAUCGAACAACAGCUUAUCAAUCCAGUCGAAGGAAAACUAACCAUAGAUCCGAAGAAAGGAAUCAGUCUCGAUUUAGUCAAAGCGUUUAAGAAGGGUUACUUACUGCCAGCAGAAACGAGGCAAGCAGUCGAAGAGAAGUACAGACUUUGCGAUGAGACUCUAUCAAAAUUGUUGGAAUGGAUCGCGGUUGUGGAAGAGAGGCUGGCUAACCAAGAAGCUGUUAAGGAAGAUAUGGAUGAACUACGAAACCAGAUCAAUAUACUGAAGUUAAUAAAGGAUGACCUAGAGAGCCACCAGCGCCAAGUGUCCGCGUGCGCCGACCAGGCCAAGCAGCUGCUCGUCUCCGGCAGUGAUGUGUUGGCGCCUCAUGAGGUGGCAGCACUGGAACGCGGUGUGAGACAGCUCAAGCAGCGCUGCGACAGGUGCACAGAGAAGUGCGAUAAGAUGCUCAGACGACUUGUCGUCGCUAGAGAUGAACUUGGCAAAUUCACGAACGAAUUAAACGCCUUCAACACCUGGAUGGACGGUGCGUUCCGUACACUAGAAGAUAAAGAAGUGGCUCUCUCUAAAGUGGACAAUAUUUCCGGAGAAAGUAACGAUGUACGGGAAUUCGUGUCUGAUGUUAUCGCGCACCAAGCGGACCUGCGGUUCAUAACUAUGGCCGCGCAGAAGUUCGUCGAUGAGAGCAAGGAAUUCCUAUCAAUCCUGAACGAAUACCGAACAUCUCUGCCCACCCGUCUUGCGCACGUAAGCGCUGGCGGUGAAGGCGCAGUUCGGGAACGGGCUGGACUUGCUAGACGCAGACACGCGGAGUUGGCUGCACGAGCACAACGAUUGUUGGAUAGACUCAGAGCUGCAAGUGAGGGGGCUGCUAGGUACUCGGAUGCGUUGCAGAGGGCACAAAGAUGGAUGCAUUCGUUGGAGCCGCAAAUCCGCACAGUACUAUCCGAAGCGGUGGCUGGAGACCCGCGCUCUGUUGAAACACAACUGUCCAGAGCGAAGACGUUACACAGCGAGAUAUUAUCGCAGGGCAGACUCGUUGAUAACGCUAAAGAUGCCUGCGACCAGCUAGUAAAAUCGCUAGAAGGCAACCUGACACCAUCAGAAAUACGUCAACUAGAAGUGCCCGUCAUCGAGUUACAGGAACGUUACGGGGAGAUCAGUGAAGCGAUAGCGGGCAAGUGUGGGGAGUUGGAAGCUGCGUUGUUGCACUGCCAGGGGCUACAAGAUGCAGCUGAGACUCAGGCCAAUUGGUUGGCGCAAGCUGAGAAUAAUUAUAAGAGUCAACAGUCAAAACCCGCGUCUCUAAUUCGCGAGCGUUUAGACGAGCAAAUCCGGGAACAUCGCAUGGUGCAAGGGGAAGUAGAAGCUAGACGAGCUGCUUUAGCGCAAUUACCGGCUGCAGCUAGAGAAGCUGCUAGAACUCCUUCUAACGCUAGAAUAGCUAAUAAGCUGGAGCAACGCGCUCAAGACUUGUAUACUAGAUACGAGAAGCUCGUCGAACGCGUGACCCACCGCGGUCAGUUCUUAGACGAGGUGAUGUCAGAAUUGACCCAAUGGACCAACCAAGCGGCUAAACUUGAUACUGCCCAUGCGCAGUUGGUUGAAAUGUCAGAUGGAAGGGAAUUAGCGCGUCUGUCGCAGGCGGAGCUCGCCGCACGACUGAGCGAUUUGGCGCACGCUAGAGACAAGAACAUGCCGCUAGUAGAGGAAUGCCUUCGCGCCGGUCGACAGUUGGUCGCCAAGAAGGAUGUCACAGACACGCACGUAGUUAGGGACAAGUUGAAGGCCAUAGAGAACCAAUGGCGUGACUUCAACACAAGUCUGGAAGAGAAACAAAAACUGUCCAAGCAAAAGAGCGAUCAAUUGAACCAAUACGAAACUCUGCGCUCACAGGUCCUAGAAUGGCUCCAAAGCAUGGAGACCCGCGUGGCCCACCUACGACCGGUCGCGGUCGACUUGGACGUGAUCAAACAGCAAAUGGACGAAAUACGACCAAUCGCUAAGGAUUAUAGGGACUUCUCUAUUACUGUUGAUAAGUUGAACGAAGCAGGCGCAGUCUACGAGGCAUUGUCUCGCGGUGAAAGAGCAGAAUCUCCGCGUCGCAGACACGUCUACAGCCCUACAAAGCGGCAUACACCUAGCCGCACCCUGGACACGCGAUCCCCGUCCCCGGGCAAGGGUGGAGUGGUGAGUCCCGCGUCAGCUCACUCUGCGUCAAGUGGGUUCUCAUCCAGACGGUCAAGCCAGGAUGGGUUCCAUCUUGAAGAUCUAUCACCAGUACAACAACAAAUAUCGGAAAUAAACAACCGCUACGAGUUGAUCGGAGCCAAACUGUCAGACAGACAGAAUGAACUCGACGCCAUGAGAGAAGAGGUUAAGAAGCAUCUGGAUAGCUUCAGGACGUUGAAUAACUUCUUAGAUAAGGUGCAAAGGCAAUUGCCUAAAGAAUCUGUGCCCAGUACAAAGGAGGAAGCUGAUAAAAUUAUCAAACAAUCACGUGCCGUUCUCGAAGAGAUGUAUGAGAAACAGAGCAUUCUUGAUUCUACCAAGACCCAGGUGCGUGAAUUGUUGAAACGCAAGCAAAGUGUGCAAGGCGCUGACCGGCUUCAAGACGAAGUGACCGAUGUUGCUUCACGAUGGAAGGCUCUGCAUGAUGCUUUUAAGGAGAAGAUCCAACUCAUGGAAGAAAUGAAGGAACUAUUGGACACACACAGCAGUUUAUCCCUAUGGCUCAGUGCUAAAGAGCGCAUGAUGGGUGCACUCGGACCGAUCUCCUCGGAUUCGAGGAUGGUGCAAACACAAGUGCAACAGGUGCAAGUACUCCGCGAAGAAUUCCGCGGUCAGCAACCGCAGCUUUCCCAUUUACAAGAUGUCGCUAGUUCUGCGUUACAGAAGUUGCCCCACGAUGACCCUGAUGUCAGGAAACUGGCCCAGAAGGUCCAGGACCUGCAGGAUAGGUGGAAUGACCUGUUGAAUAAGUUGGAACAACGUGCAGAAAGUCUAGGAGCAGCUGCGGACACAUCUCGCGAAUUCGACGCCGGGCUCGAACGGUUACGUAACGCGUUACACACAAUCGCUGACAAACUAGAUGAUGUGUCAGCGAGACAGGAGCCCGCUGACCAGCUGAGGGAGGUUGAGAACCUAGAACGCCAGCUGGAAGGCCAGCGUCCUCUCCUAGCUGAUCUUGAAGCAGCUGGAGCCACUCUAGCGGAAGUGCUGGGCGAGGCCAGCUCGAGGCAGGACAUACAGAGCAAGCUGGCCGCGGCCGCGAGGCAAUACGACCAGCUACAGAGGAAGCUGGAUAAUAAGAAGGCGGAGAUUGAAGCGGCCCUCAAGGACGGUCGCAGCAUCGAGGAGGGCGUGUCCCGCACGCUGGGCUGGCUGGGCGCGGAGCUGGGCGCGCUGCCGGCACGUCUGCUCGUGUCGGCGGACCGCACGCGACUGCACGCGGCGCGCGACGCGCACGAGCCGCUCUACCGCGGCCUCACGCAGCGCGAGCACGAGCUCGUCAUGCUGCUGGACAAGGGUCGUGAAAUGGAGAAAAAACCAGCUUUCGCCGGACUCCGCAAAGACCUGGACAGGAUUCAGAGCCAGUGGGACAAACUGAAGAGAGAGACAGUCGAUAGAUACAACAGACUGCAAACGGCUACGGAACAUUGCCGUAAAUACAGCAAAGCGCAAGAAUCCUUCUUACCCUGGCUCAGUGAGGUGGAAACUCGUCUUCGGGAACUACCACCGGUCGCUUUCACUCGCAAAGAGCUGGAGAGGCAGUUGAGAGACUUGCAGCAUAUCAGGAACGAUGUUUGGAAGAGGUCCGGUGAAUACGAAAACAACAGGACGCUUGGAGAAACCUUUAUAUCAGCUUGUGAUGUUGACCAAGAGAUUGUCAGAAAACAACUCGAUACCAUGAAGGAGAAAUGGGAUAGGGUUAAUAACGAGGUGCUCCAACAAAUCGAAUACCUAGAAUCAACUAGCCGAAAACUAGGAGAAUUCCUCGAAAAAGUUAGAGCCGUGGAAGCCCCUCUCGCGAGAUGCGAAGAGAGGUUGGAAGCUGCGCUACAAUCUCCGCCCAGUGUUGCCAAGGAUGCUGUGGCGAGGCUGACUGAACAUGUGCACGCGUUACGAGCGCCUUUACAGAGCGUGAACAUAGCAGCGGACGACAUAGUGUCGCUAGCUCAAGAAUUCAGCGGACCCGAAGCGGCUGCAAGAGCUCGCGCUACGUUGGACGAAACCGCAUUAGGUUUGGCUGAGCGGUUGGAGAGAUUGGACAGUGGAACACAGCGGGCCGCUGAUGAGUUGGCUGGAGUUGCGAAGGCUGUGGCUUUCUUCCAGGACAAAGUAAAAGGCGUGUCCGGUAACAUGUCCGAAUUAGAAAAAGAACUAGACGCCAUGAAACCUCCGGGCCGUGAUAUUAAAGCUGUUCGAGCGCAAAUAGACGAAGUGAACAAGUUCUUCAGUAAAUUGGAGCGAGCUGAAGACUGGAUCGCUGAUGUGGAGCGUACUGGGGAGAAUCUCAUUGAUGGUGGAUAUGGGGAUACUUCGAAGGCCAGGGAGCAUGUGGAAGGUCUCCGCAAACACCUAAGGAAGAUGGAGGAACGGACCCGCGCGCGGGAACAGGACUUGGACGAUACUCUCAGCAAGCUGGAGGCGUUCUACAAGGCUUAUGAUUCAGUUAUGGAUGAUAUUAAUGAGGCUGCAGAACAAGUGCAAAGCCUUAAACCGGUGUCCUCCGACGUGGACCAAAUAAGGUCCCAACAGAAGGACUUCUCGGACCUCAAGCAGCGGACCCUAGAGCCGUUGGGCCAGAAUGUGUCCCACUGUAACAAGAUUGGGCAAGGCCUGGUAAGGUCUGCUCUGCAGGGAGUACCUACACAACAACUGGAGAGGGACUUGGAGAAGAUGAAUGAUAAAUGGAAUGGAUUGAAGGAAAAGAUGAACGAGCGUGGUCGUCGUCUAGACGUAGGGUUGUUACAGUCUGGCAAGUUGGCAGAAGCCCUCGGUGGUCUGGCUCGGUGGUUGGCAGACACGGAAGAACUGGUCAGGAACCAGAAACCACCGUCUGCUGAUUAUAAGGUCGUGAAAGCGCAGUUGCAGGAGCAGAAGUUCCUCAAGAAAAUGCUGACAGACAGACAAAACUCGAUGUCCUCUCUAUUCGCGAUGGGCAACGAAGUGGCCGCGGGCUGUGAUCCAAACGAGAAGAAAGCUAUCGAGAAACAACUGAAGGGAUUGUUGCAAAGAUUCGAUGCUCUGACCGCUAGUGCUCAGCAGAGGAUGCUGGAUUUGGAACAGGCUAUGAAGGUGGCGAAAACAUUCGAAGAACAAUUACAACCUCUAGUCGAAUGGCUCGGAGUCACUGAGAGGAAAGUGAAGGCAUUGGAAUUGGUGCCCACUGAUGAAGAGAAGAUACAGCAGAAGAUUAGAGAGCAUAAGAACAUCCACGACGACAUACUCUCCAAGCAGCCACCUUUCAAGCAGUUAACAGAAACAGCAUCCGAGCUGAUGACCCUCGUGGGAGAUGAUGAAGCAGCAGCAUUGGCUGAUAGACUGCAUGCGGCUACUGAUAGAUACCAAGCGCUAGUAGACCACAGUCUAAACAUAGGCGAUCUCCUGGACAACUCACGUAAGGGUCUUCGCCAUCUUGUCCUAACAUACCAAGAUCUAUCCGCGUGGAUGGACUCCAUGGAACAGUACUUGGCCAAGAGGAAGGUGCUACCGGUGCACAUGGAGAAACUUUUGAGGCAGAUGGACGAAUUGGCGGAGAAAACCGAAGAAAUAUCAGCGAAGCAAGAAGCAGUAGACAGUACAGUGGAAUCUGGUCUAGAACUAAUGAAACAUAUCUCCGGAGACGAAGCCCUACAGCUCAAGGAUAAACUGGACGCUCUACAGAGGAGAUACAACGACCUUACUAGCAAAGGAGCUGACUUGCUUAAGCUGGCCUCUGAUACGCUGCCGUUGGUGCAACAGUUAUAUAAUUCACAUGCUAAACUAUCAGAAUGGAUGUCAAGCGCGGAAACUUGCCUGCAAUCAGUCGAACCGCGCGAAGAAGACAUCUUACGUUUGGAGGCUGAAUUACAAGAAUUCAGACCUCUAUUGGACAAUAUCAACUUGGUCGGACCUCAGUUGUGUCAAAUAUCCCCCGGGGAAGGAGCUACCCACGUGGAGGGUAUGGUGACGCGGGAUAACCGUCGUUUCGAUGUGAUCGCAGAACAAGUGCAGCGCAAGGCUGAAAGAUUGUUACUGAGCAAGAAGCGGUCGCUAGAAGUAGUGGGCGACAUGGAGGAGCUAGUGGAGUGGCUGCGCGCAGCAGACGCACAGCUGCGUGCCAGCGCCCCGCCCGGCGCACGCGCCGACGUGCUGCGGGCACAGCUGGCCGACCUGCGCCCGCUGUGCGAUGACGUGGCUGCGCAGCGGGUGAGGACCAGGGAUCUGCUCGCGCAGGCUAAGAAGGUGCUCCGCGAAUGCCAGUCGACAGAGGAAGCGGGAGUGAUAAGGGAGAGGAGUGAAGAACUGAAGGAGAUGAUGGAGGAAGUCGGGCAGCUGAGCGCCGCGCGGUUGGCAGCCCUGGAGCAGGCGCUGCCACUCGCAGAGCACUUCGCUGAUACACACCAUGGAUUAUCCUCAUGGUUGGACGACAUGGAGAAACAAGUACAAAUGCUGGCGAUGCCGGCGCUUAGACCCGAACAAAUCGUUCAGCAACAAGAUAAGAACGAGAUGCUACAGCAAUCGAUCGGCGGGCACAAGCCUCUAGUCGACAAGCUGGUCAAGACAGGUGAAGCGCUGUGCAAUCUAAUCAGCGAAAGCGAUGCAGCCGCUGUAAGGGAUACCGUGGACGCUGACUGUGAGCGAUACAACGCUUUACGGGCUGAAUUGAGGCAGAGACAGCAGGAAUUGGAACAGGCGCUACAAGAAUCGUCAGUAUUCGCGGAACGUCUAGAAGGAAUGGUCCGUGCUCUAUCAGGUGCGGCCGAUCAGCUACAGCACGCAGAACCUGUGUCUGCACACCCGCAUAAAAUACAAGACCAAAUAGAAGAGAACAACGCGUUAAUAGAAGAUCUAGAGAAGAGAGAAGAAGCGUACCGUGCGGUGCAGCGCGCGGCCGCCGACGUGAUGGGCAAAGCUAGAGCCGCUGACCCGGCCGUAAGGGAUAUUAGAGCGAAACUGGAUAAGCUUAAUAAGUUAUGGGACGAAGUGCAACGCUCGAGCACGAACCGGGGCCAGUCCCUGGACAGCGCGCUCGAGCUGGCCAAGCGCUUCUGGGAGCAGCUGGAAGCCGUGAUGCAGCAGCUGGGCGAGCUGGAGGACACGCUGGCUGCUGUACCACCGCCGGCUGCGCAGCCGCACCGCAUACAGCACCAGCAGCUGCAGCUGCAGGAGAUACGCCACGAGAUCGACCACACCAAGCCGCAGGUGGAAAAAGUGCGCAAGACAGGAUCCACCCUCAUGUCAAUAUGCGGGGAACCAGACAAGCCAGAAGUCAAGAAACACAUCGAAGAUCUGGAUACCGCUUGGGAUAAUAUCACAGCGUUAUAUGCUAGAAGAGAAGAGAACCUUAUAGAUGCUAUGGAAAAGGCUAUGGAGUUCCAUGACACAUUGCACAAUCUACAAGAGUUCCUCGACUCAGCUGAAGAGAAAUUCUCUAAAAUGGGACCGCUAGGAUCCGACAUAGAUGCAGUUAAGCGACAAAUCGCGCAACUUGCAUCCUUCAAGACGGAAGUCGAUCCACACAUGGUGAAAGUAGAAGCUUUGAAUAGGCAAGCAGCGGAACUUACAGAGAGGACAUCGUCAGAACAAGCGGCGGCGAUCAAACAACCGCUAACAGAAGUGAACGCAAGAUGGUCAGCGUUACUCCGAGGAAUGGUGGAAAGGCAGCAACAGCUUGAAAGAGCUUUGUUACGGCUUGGACAGCUUCAGCAUGCGCUGAGAGACACGCUAGCGUGGAUACAGCACACUAGCGAUACGCUGGACACUUUGACACCGGUUGCUGGAGACCCUCAAAUCCUCGAAGUCGAACUGGCCAAAUUAAAGGUAGUUGUGAACGACAUCGCAGCGCACCAGGCUAGUGUGGACACUUUGAAUGAAGCUGGCGCACAUAUUGUACAUCAUGGCACAGACGAAGCCGGUGAAACAGCGGAAAAACUGGCAACACUUAACAGAAAAUGGCGCGAAUUACAACAGAAGGCGAGAGACCGACAAUCGGAACUCGAAGACGCACUUAGGGAAGCGCAGAGCUUCAACGCAGAAAUCGGCGAUCUUCUAUCAUGGCUAUCAGAAGUGGACAGCGUGGUGGUCGCGUCCAAACCGGUCGGCGGUCUGCCGGAGACUGCCACUGAACAACUUGAACGGUUUAUGGAGGUAUACAACGAAAUAGAAGCGAACAGGCCAAAGGUGGAAGCUGUCCUGCAGCAGGGUCAGGAGUACAUCAAGAGGCAGGAGAAACCGAACCCCACCUCGCAGUUACAUCUCAACUUGAAGAACUUGAAGAGCAGAUGGGAUAACGUCACGUCUAGAGCAUCAGACAAGAAGAUAAAACUAGAGAUAGCGCUAAAAGAAGCGACAGAAUUCCACGAAGCACUGCAAGCGUUUGUCGAUUGGCUGACUUCCGCUGAGAAAACGUUGACUUCCGCCAAACCGGUGUCUAGGGUCAUGGAGACUUUGUUGACCCAAGUGGAAGAGCACAAAGCCUUCCAAAAGGAAGUGUCUACACAUCGCGAAACGAUGCUACAAUUGGACAAAAAGGGAACACACCUCAAGUACUUCAGCCAGAAGCAAGAUGUCAUCUUAAUUAAGAACUUGCUGGUAUCUGUACAGCAUAGAUGGGAAAGGGUGGUGGCCAGGGCUGCUGAGAGGACCAGGGCUCUGGACCAUGGACUGAAGGAGGCUAAGGAGUUUGCUGAUAUGUGGAACAACUUAAUGAACUGGUUGAACGAUACGGAACAACAACUCGACCAAUUGAACUCUGAAGCGAACGUCAACGACCCAGAGAAGAUCAAACAGAGACUAACAAAACACCGCGAGUACCAAAAGGCCCUCGCGUCCAAGCAGCCCGCGUACGACCAGACCAGCAAGACCGGCAAAGCGCUCAAGGACCGCGCGCCCAAGAGCGACGAGCCCGUGUUGCGGGAAAUGUUGGCGGACCUCAAGUCCAAAUGGACCACCGUUUGCUCGAAGGCUGUUGACAGACAACGUCGUCUCGAAGAAGCACUCCUCUACUCCGGGCAGUUCAAAGACGCGAUGUCAGCACUAUUGGAAUGGCUCAGCAAACAGCAAGCAAGAUUGGCUGCUGAUUCUCCUGUACAUGGUGAUUUGGACACUGUGAUGGCGCUGAUCGAGCAGCAUAAGCAAUUCGAGGAAGAUCUCCACUCGCGCGAACAACAAAUGCAAUCCGUUAUGAAGACUGGAAAAGAUCUAGAAGCUACGGUACCAGCAGAAGACUCACUAAGCAUAAAACAGCAGUGCAGCGAAUUGAAACAAGCUUGGGACACCGUACUCACUCUCAGUGAGAGGAAAGCGCAGAAAUUGGAAACUGCUCUUAAGGAGGCGGAACGUCUCCACAAAUCAGUCAACAUGUUACUCGAGUGGCUGUCAGACGCGGAAACAAAACUUCGUUUCUCCGGGCAAUUGCCCGAAGGCGAACAAGAGACACAACAACAGUUGAGAGACCACGAGAAGUUCGUGAAAGAGUUGGAUGAGAAGAAGAGGGACAAGGACGACACUAUAUCGCUAGCUCACUCUAUCCUGGGCAAAGCGCAUCCGGACGCUGUGACAGUUAUAAAGCACUGGAUCACUAUUAUUCAGAGUCGGUGGGAUGAGGUAUGGCAAUGGGCUAUGCAACGUGGUGGUAAGCUAGAGACGCACAUGCAGAGCCUCAAGGACCUCGACCUGGUGCUGGAGGAACUGCUGCAGUGGCUCAGCGGCUUGGAGACCACGCUGAUAACUCUCGAAGCGGAACCAUUACCAGAAUCUAUAGAAGUGCUGGAAGGUCUUAUAGAAGACCACAAGGAUCUGAUGGAGCACACGCAGAAGAGGCAGAACGAGGUCGACCGCGUCUGUAAGGCGUACCAGGUCAAGAGUCAAAGCGUAGGCCGCGAGUCGACACCGCGCAAGGUGUCCGCCAAGAGCGCUACGAAAGCAACGCCAGGGCGCGGCUCGCAGCACGACUUGAAUAGAGAUAGGUCAAUGUCACCGGACUAUUAUGGCACUAGGCGCUAUAGGUCGAGGAUUCACAUGCGAAAUAGGAGAGGAAGUCGCGCGAGCCCCGGCAGAGAUUCGCCUGAUCGCAUCCUGCCGCACUACGGCCCGCGGUUCCCGGCCAAGGGAAGUGCGGGCGCCGAACCGGAAUUCAGAUCAACCCGCGUGAAACAGCUAUGGGACAGAUGGAGACACGUGUGGUUACUCGCGUGGGAGCGCCAGCGCCGCUUGCACGAGCGGCUGGCGCACUUGCGCGAGCUGAGACGUGUGUCCAACUUCAGCUGGGACGACUGGCGCAAGCGGUUCCUCAAGUUCAUGAACCACAAGAAGUCCCGUCUCACGGAUCUAUUCCGCAAGAUGGACAAGGACAACAACGGCUUCAUUGCGAGGAACGAGUUCAUCGAUGGCAUUAUCAAUACGAAAUUCGACACGUCGCGUCUAGAGAUGGGCGCCGUGGCGGAUUUGUUCGACAGAAACGGCUCUGGACUCAUCGACUGGGAGGAAUUCAUCGCAGCAUUACGACCUGAUUGGGUUGAACGUCGCGGACCUCCCACGGACGCUGACAAGAUCCACGAUGAAGUCAAGCGACUUGUAAUGCUCUGCACCUGUCGACAGAAGUUCAGGGUCUUCCAGGUUGGGGAAGGGAAGUAUAGGUUCGGAGACUCGCAAAAGCUCCGCCUCGUGCGCAUUCUCCGCUCCACGGUGAUGGUGCGCGUGGGCGGCGGCUGGGUCGCGUUAGAUGAGUUCCUCGUCAAGAACGACCCGUGCAGAGCUGAAGAGUUUAUGGAGCAGUUGAGGCCAAUAUUUGAGGCUUUAAGACAGAGGGAAGAGCUCCCAUGUUCGUAUCCGCUGCAUGUGGGCUCUACGCACGGCACUAAGCAAGCUUUCAUAUACGGCCACUCAAGAUCUCAAGGUUCGACGACACCGGGCGCCCACCACUAUACCCACCAUCAUGGAUAUCAACCGUCUCCAGGAUAUCACUGGGUAAGAGAGCGAACUGCUCGCUCAGUGCCUAUGUCAGCUGGUGGCGUCGCCGGAAGAGCUUCCAGGUCCUCAUUGAGUGCGGGAACACCUGACUCUCUCAGUGACAACGAAGCCGCUAGUGGAUUGGGACAGAGAUAUAGAAAACCCAGCGUACCAAGGUCAACAUUGACUCCAGGAGGUUCAAGACCAGGUUCUAGGCCAGGUUCCAGAACCGGAUCGAAACCACCAUCAAGACAUGGAUCUAAUUUGUCGUUGGAUAGUACAGAUGAUGUAUUAACGCCAUCUCGCAUACCAAUGCGCAAGGUGACCAACACUCGGGCAUCGCUCGCCCGCGCCGCAGCUACGGCCAGCAAGUUGGGAGUCACGACACCUAACGGUGGAUCACGACCACGAACUCCGACAGGAUUCUUAACACCAGCUAGCGGAAGGUAUCAUAGCGGAGCGAUGUACCGCACUUCCAGUAUACCGACACUGUCACCGGUGCCCGCGUUAGUGAGCUCGACACAUUCCCAGCCAUCUUCAAUGGCGUCUGAACAUCCUAAAUCCUUAUCUCAUAAUCACCCUGCAUUCCAAACCCAAGGUUCGACUAAAAUCCCGAUUUACGUCGGCAAUCGAUCUCAAAGGUCGCCGUCCGUUGAAAGAAGACUGAAAUCUAUCAAGUCACACUCCAGAGAAACAUCACAAGAUCCCAGUCCCACUUCCCAAGAUCCUAAGUCCGACCAAAGAAGUCCAGAAGACGAUUCCUCCCUGUUCAGUAUAUCGGGAAUGACGAGCGACAAUGAGUACGAAAGUAACAUAAGCGAAUCAAGCGGGGACGCAUCAAAACCAACCCAACGCGACGUUAAAGGGAGUGGGUCGUUUGCAUCGACCGAUGGACAUACGCCUAGCAGAAGUCGAAUACCGGUACCUAAGGAGCACAACACUAACACUAGCCACUUUAGGCAAAGAACGCCGUCGGGCAGCACGACGCCGGUGCGUCCGGGCCAGCAGACCGCCACAACACGUCUGCUGCGCAAACCGUCUGACGCGUCUGACAGCGGCGCGCCCACCACGCCCGUCACCCGACGCACCUCCGCGACGUCAAAAACCACAGAAAAACGAGAACCGUUCCGAUUAUAAACGAAGAAUUAACAAAAACGACGUUCUUUAUUCAAAUAUCGCGCCGUUCGCAUCGCUUUGACGGCAAUCUAAUACGCGCGCAAUUUAUUGUUUGCAUACGUGUAACGUUUAUUAUAGCUGAAAUUUAUCUAACAAAUUAUGUAACGAGCCUAAUAAUGUUAGUCGAAGCGAUCCCCAGUGCCGAUAUUAUAUUUAUUACUAACGAUAAAUUAACCUAUUCGCGAAUCGAGCCAAGCUUGUGAAAAAUGAAUUUUGCGAAUGUGGCUUGUAGUUGAUAACUAUAGAUGUAGUGAUAAACACAAAGUCUGCACUUGAUGCCUUGUAUUUUUUUCUACCGAGCAAAUUCUAUUCGACUAAGUUCUAUAUAGUCUUUCUCUAUUAGAUCAUUUCCAUUCUUUUUUUCUUUUAUUAUUGUGAAUAUUCCUUUGUCUUAUUUAUUGUCAAUGUUGCCAUAAUUGUUAGUGUAUAUUUAAUACGUAAUUCGUCUCGAAGUUGAGACAUCGAGUGUGAUUAAAUUUUUAUGUUUUCUUUAGGGACCAUUUUGUUCGUCGUACGUGGGAUUGUCGAUAACGACUUUCUACCGUUGAUACGCUAGCGCAGUUUCGCCAGACUGUGUAGGUUGUUACGAGGUGUGAAAGCAGUCGUCGAUAAUCGAAAGGUGAUAAUAGAGAUAAUUUCUUUGUAAUGCACAAUCAUGUUUCUUAUUUCGUGGAUACAGCGUAUUUGUUUGUGAAUUUACGUGGAUUAUGUAUGUAAUUUAUUUUUAUUUGCACAAUAUUUAUUGUGAUUACUGUAAGAUUUUCUGUUUAUAAAUACAGUUGAAAUACUUAAUGACUAUCGCCAGAGUUGUUACGUAUUUCAACAAUUUAGCAAAAAACAUGCUCAUUGUAACGAAAUUCCACAGCGGACUUUUAUUUUUAAGUAAUACUAAAGUACAUUUGUCGACACAAAAGACAUUUACUUAAUAAAUCUAAGAAUACUUUUAUAUAUUAUGAAAAGAACGCUUUAAAAAAUGUAACCUUCCUUAAAUGUUAACCAACACUCACAUUUACUUGUUAUUUUUUUAUUAUAUAAUUCUGACUUUACAAUUAAGCAUCUAUUAUUAUUAGAAAUAUAAGUAUUGUAAAACUAUUAAUCUGGUCAUUUUAUUUAAAUCAUUGUUAUAUUUGUUAUUUAUGUAAAAUCGAAGCAAAUAUACUACUACAAAAGCUUGCAAUAUUUUUUGUAAAUGAUUCUGAAGAGCUACAGUUUAAAAUCUCAUAAUUGAUUUCAAAAUAAAAUGUAACAAUUA